AUGGCGCGUUCUCGUGCCAUCGACAUUUUGUUCGAGUUCGAUGCGCCGCAGACAUACCGCGACCUUAGCGCACCAUUGUCUCCUCUUGCACCAGGUGAACACGACGUCUGGUUUGAUCAGAUCCAUCCGCAACAUAGCAAACCCAGUGCCGUUUUAGCACGAGAAGCGGUCGGUGUCGUGCGUAAGUUGCAGGAAAAAGAGAAGCAACUGAAGGAUGUUCAGAGUCAACACAAGAUGAAACGAUGGAGUGGAGGCAAAGAGAAUCAUGUGCGUGUAAGGACUGGAGAAUACGAGCAGACGAGACAGAAGCAACUAAAGUUGCGGGAGAGAAAGAAACACACAAGUCUUGAGGAAAUGCGAGCAACAGACGAGCCAUUCCAGAUCCAUAUGGAAAUUAAGAAGAAGGAAAUUGUCUUGGAAAGACACAGGAAACCGCUUGGGGAUGCACGGAACCGGCUGAAUGUUUCAGGAAGAGAAAGAACGUUGCCGCAUAGUGAAAAGAAGACAAUGAGAGACUGGCAGGAGCUGCUCAAGAGACAUAAUAAUAAGUUCAAGACUGUUCAUACGUACGAGCCACCGCAACACUCUGUGCGAGAGGUGAAACAGUGGGAACGCGAGACGAAGAAAACUUAUUAUGCCUUGUCAGUAGAGGAGCGAGCGCAGGCGAAUGAGGAGAUUACAGUCUGGAAGCAACGAAAAGUGGCCAGAAGCCAUUAG